GGCAGCGCGGGGGAGGAGCCGCGUCCGUUGGGACGCGUGCCGCGCGCGGGCACCGCCCGGGCACGAGCCAGGCUGCACGAAAAUUGACUGUGUACCCUCUUCACUUGUUCUACAAUGAGUGCCAAGUCUGCCAUCAGCAAAGAGAUUUUUGCACCUCUUGAUGAAAGAAUGCUGGGAGCUGUCCAAGUUAGGAGGCGAACAAAGAAAAAGAUUCCUUUCUUGGCGACUGGAGGUCAAGGCGAAUAUUUAACUUACAUCUGCCUGUCAGUAACAAACAAGAAACCUACACAAGCAUCUAUUACGAAGGUCAAACAGUUUGAGGGCUCCACAUCAUUUGUUCGGAGAUCACAGUGGAUGCUUGAGCAGCUUCGCCAGGUUAAUGGCAUCGAUCCUAAUCGGGAUUCUGCAGAAUUUGAUUUGUUAUUCGAAAAUGCUUUUGACCAGUGGGUAGCCAGCACAGCCUCAGAGAAGUGUACCUUCUUCCAGAUCCUCCACCAUACCUGCCAGAGGUACCUGACAGAUAGGAAACCGGAGUUUAUUAACUGCCAAUCCAAAAUUAUGGGAGGAAAUAGCAUCCUCCAUUCAGCUGCUGACAGUGUGACCAGUGCAGUGCAGAAGGCAAGCCAGGCCCUGAAUGAGCGUGGGGAGCGGUUAGGCCGAGCAGAGGAAAAGACAGAAGACUUGAAGAAUAGCGCCCAGCAGUUUGCAGAAACUGCACACAAGCUUGCCAUGAAGCACAAAUGUUGAGAAGCUGCUUAUCUUGGUGACUCUCAUAAGAGAAAUCGAAGAUUGUGUUCAGCAAUUUUUACAAGAAUUUCGGACCUCCACUUGCUUCUUUUUUUUUCAACAUAUGGACAUAGAGGAGGUUUUGUUGUUCAUUUUCAGUUGUUAUUAUAAAUGAAAAGGUGUUGUUUAUACAUUUCCUUAAUAAUAAUCUUGCUAGGAAAUGCUUUAGUAUCAUUGGCUUCAUUUUUAUGAUUUCCCAUUGUGUAUGUGUUGGAAUGUGUUUCAUUUCAAAAAAAUUUUUUGUAGUUUGCAUAUAAAAUUUUGACCAAAUGACAAACUAAAUUGAAUCUAUACACUGGCACUAUGUGUUGUUUUUUGUUUUUGUUUUUUGUUUUCUCCGGCACUAGCAACAUGAUAGUCCAAUGAAAUAACAGGUGUGUUUCCUGGAUAAAAAUAAAAGUUAAGCUAUGGAUUCACUCCUGCUUCUAAUACUUUUAAUUUAAAGAGUAAAAUUAAGAUUCUGCAUCCUGAGACUUAAGGCUAUUAUGGAAAACACUUUGAUUUAUCAGGAAAAAUAAGCAGUCUUAGAUUUUGCUCUUUGCAUGAACCAUCACCAGCAGUCAAAAAGCAAGUGAGAAUCAGAAAUACACAUCUACUUUGUAGGCUGAAGCUUAAAUACUUCUGCUCUUUAUUUUCAGGCUAAGUAUUGGGAAGUAUCAUAUGAAGGAUGAAAAUUUGAGAGGAAAGACCUAAAGAAAACCCUGUUUUAAAACCUUUGUGUCUCCACAAACAUUUCUCUCUUUUGCCACUGUCCUAUAUUACAGUAACUAGUAUUGAAAAACACUUAGAUUUUUAUCAAAAAUGGCUUGCUCAGGUGAUGUAUGUAUCUAUGUGAUGUAUAAAAAGAUACUACAUUUAAUUUCAGUUUCUGUUCUUUUCACAAAGCCAUGCCCAUUUUAGAGCCAUUCUUGGGAAAGAGCUGUCAGUUCUUCAAUAUCUAAGUUUUAGAGGUUUGAAUACUUGUAUUUCUGUUUAUUUCAUGUAAUUUUAUAUGUUUUUCUUGAAAAACUAUGUACUUGUCAAUUGCAGCUUACCUAGUUGGACACAGACAGCAUGGUUCCAAAGUCUUUAUGUGGCUGUCAGACUGAACAGAGUUGAUUACAUGCCUUUUGAUUGUGUUGCUCAAGAUCACACUGGGUUCAGAGCCUGGACAUUUUGUUUCUGAGAGGGUUAAGAUGCCAAACAUGAAAAUUCUGUGCUUGCCCCUUGUAAACUUAGCAGGCAAGCUGCAUACUGCAGACACACUGCCAGAUGUUCAGUGCAGUGCAGGAUUUAUGUGUAAGCUGAGUCAUCAGGACCCCUUUCAGGACCUUCCUAUCCACUGAGCCAAAUAAGUUUACAUAUAUAUUAUAGUCUCUUACAUAGCUACAUAAAGACACUUUUGGAUUAUUAAUGCUUAUUUAAAUAACUGAAGAUCUCCUGAUAAAGCCUUCCUAGGGAAAGCGAGAGUAUGUCUAUUGGAAAAUAAAAAUUCCAGGCACUGCAUGUCACAAGGAAGGCUGGAUUUACUAGGACAAAUUUCUGAAUCUUCUUCAUAAUGCAAGAAAACACUGCAAAAUUUAUAUCAUGUACUAUGAAUGUUUACUAACAUAUUUUAUACUUUUAUUUUGGUGUCUUAAAAAUUGAAUGAAUCCAGGAGCACACCAUUUGCUGAAUACUAUUAGAAGUAUCUAAUUUCUAAGAAAGUCACCCAAAUAUCACUCCAGAUGGGUUUUGUUUGCAGACUUUCAAAGAUGUAUAAUCAUCUUCCCAAACUGGAUUUUGUUCUCACUGAUACUUUGUAUGAGUAAUUAAAUAACCACAUCUAACCCCACCCUGAUAAUCAGCCAAACUCAAGAAAUGGGUUUCCAGUUAUCUACAAUAGUUAGGAAGCUGAUUCUAAUGUAGCAGAGAAUGAGAUCAUAAGCAUACUAUGUAAAUCUCAGGUCCUUCUUGGCAGAAGAAUUCAUACUGCUCUUCAGAAAUGUAAGCAUCCCCCAUCUUGCCCUCUUUCCUUAGUCUCUGUAGAUCAGCUUAAGCCUAGGUCCUAUUGAAAGCAGCCUGAAUUAGAAGAAAGCCUGCCUAGAGUUUUGUUAGCUUCCUCUGUGCAUUUGUUCCCAGGCCACAGUCAUGCCUUUAACCUAUAGCAAAUCAUAGUAAACAUCCACCAAAAAUCUCAGAGUAAUUCCUGCCCCUCCACUACCUUCCUGCCUCUUGCAGAGGAACCCUAACAACAUGUGUGAAAAUUCUUUGCUAUGUUUUUGUAGAAGGUACUGUAAUGCAUAAUAUGAAUAUAAUCUAAACUACAGAAAAUGGCUAAAAUGACUUGUGCCAUUGAGACCAACUCAUUUGGUUGAGCUGACUAGAAGACAUUUCAUUUAUUUCAUUCUGCACUUCACUGUGAAUUUGGGAGAUGCUGUCUUUCUCUGAAGGACUUUUUAAAUUGUAUUGGCAACACAUAAAGAAAAGAAACUUCUCAGUGUUACUACUUCUUCCUGAAAUGUAGCUGUAGUAUUCUGUACUAGUAUUACUAGAUAUCUGUGUACAGCAAGAAUACAGUAAUUCAGGUUAAUGUUUCAUCUUAAAGAGUGUAUUUGUAAACUAUAACAAGAUCAGUAGUUAACUUUUUUAAGCUCUGAAAAAAUUAAGAUUAUGUGUUAGAAUUAAAAUUAUAGUGAAAUCUGUCUUAAUACUAUUGUAGCUAGCAAAGGUUGUACAUUUAUGCAAAAAAAUUACAGAAUGCUCUAAAUAAGAAAUCUUAAAGAUAGAGCUUAAGAGAUGGCUGACUCAGAGGUUGUGGCACUUGCCUGCAAAGCCUGAGGAACUGGGUUUGAUUCCCCAGUGCCCACAUAAUGCCAGGUGCACAGAAAGGCAAAUGCAUCCAUCUAGCGUUCAUUUGCAGUGGCUAGAGGCCCUGGUGUACCCAUUCUCAUUCUCUCUCUCUCCCUCUCCCUCUUUCCCUCCCCCUCUCUUAAAUAGUUUUUUUUUAAAAAACAGAAAUACUAAAGAUAGAUUUCAUUACUAACUUUCAGAAUUGUAACACUUCUAAUGUGUGUUAUAUAGUUACUAAUUCCUCAGAAGUACUCUAAGAUGUCAAGCAUAAUUUUUGUUCCAUUUACAGACAAAGAACACUCUCUCUGUGGAUUCACUACUACAGCAAACUCUAAUUUUGUCAUUAAAUAUUUUAAGUCUGUGGUGAAA